AUGAGAUUGUUCUUUAUGUUUGUGAUUCUGUGUGGCGUCUACAAUGGAGCCUAUGGCAAAGUUUCUUUAGAUAUCGAUAUGAAACUGAAGGCUCUUAAUAAGCCUGCUUUGAAGACCAUCAAGAGUGAAGAUGGAGAUAUAAUAGAUUGUAUAGAUAUCUAUAAACAACAUGCUUUUGAUCACCCCGCCUUAAGAAACCACAAGAUUCAGAUGAAACCUAGUGUGGAGUUUGAUACAAAGAAGACUAUUAUUCCAAACAACGGUUCUUCUAAACCAAUCACGUACCAGAUUUGGUCCAAAUCUGGAAACUGUCCCAAAGGGACAAUACCGGUUCGUAGAGUCAGUAGAGAAGACAUAAGCAGAGCCUCUUCACCGUCUCGGUUUGGAAGAAAAGCUCAACACAAAUACAGUUUUCUCAACAAAGCACUUCAACACAAGGCCAAUUUCAAUUUAACAGAUGAGAAAAGAAGUCGAGAAGAGAGUCCAAAGGACCGAUCGGAAGCCGUCCUUCUCGCUCUAGGGUACAAUUUUAUUGGCGCUCAAUCCGAUAUAAAUAUUUGGAACCCUCCGAGAGUUCAGGCUAGCGAUUUCAGCUCUUCCCAAAUCUGGCUGGUUGGUGGCAUUUCAUUGAUCUCAGAUACAUUUGAGAGCAUAGAAGCUGGUUGGAUGGUGAAUCCAAAGGUUUUCGGAGACUCUCGCACACGUCUUUUCGCCUACUGGACUCAAGAUGCUUCCGCUAACACAGGGUGCAUCAACCUCUUAUGCGCCGGAUUUGUGCAAACAUCUUCCAAGUUCGCCUUAGGUGCAACCAUAGAACCCGUUUCGAGUACCUCGAGAGAACAAUAUUUCGUCACCUUUAAAGUGUACCUGGAUACAAACAGCGGGAAUUGGUGGCUAACUUGCGGAACAAACGUGAUGGGUUACUGGCCGGGGGAACUCUUCAAGUACCUUAAACGCAGCGCAACCGCGGUGCAAUGGGGUGGAGAAGUCUAUAGCCGUGACGUGGGAAAAAACAAGCCGCACACAAGAACUUCAAUGGGGAGUGGACAAUGGGCAUCUUACCUCUAUGGCGAAGCUUCUUACCACACCAACAUUAGGAUCAAAGACUAUUCACUGCAAAUCAAGUAUCCUGAGUAUCUAUCCGAGUACGCUGAUGAGUACAAUUGUUAUUCUACAAAGCUCCACCGGAAAACGUACAUGUCAGAGCCUCAUUUCUACUUUGGAGGACCUGGCCAGAAUUAUCGAUGUCCUUGA